AGAUGUUUCUUACUAAUGUGUUUCUUGCACUUUCGCUCAGCGUAGGAAACGUGGGAAACGUAUGCAGUUAAAUUAUUAAAAACGAAAUUGUUGCGAAACGGUUGGGAGAGGAAGCAACGAGACAAAAUAACAAAAAGUAACAACAACAACAAAAAAAGCACAAACGUUCCAACGUACGGAAGGAUUAUAUAAAAGCGGGCUAUUUUAUUUUAAUGAACAUCGUCCUUUUUAGACCGAUGGUAGCCAACAGAGGAAAGUGGAAGAUACGCACUGUUUCUGAAGCGAAGGAAGAAGGUGCAAAAGAGUAGCCUCCGCUCGCUACUUCCCCGUCCAGUGCUUUGUUCGUCUCUUUCCAUCGCGUCCUAAACUGCGUGUUGAAAGAGUGAAGAGCAUAGAAAAACAAGUGUCAUGGAGCUUGCCAGCCUGCUUGGAUUUAGAGAAUGAAUUAUGGUGGUUUUCAUGAAAGAGCGAGAGAACAAGUGCUAGUGAGGGUGGGAAAGCGAGGAAAGGAGGAUGAGAAAAUCGGGAGUGAGGGGAAAUCAUGCGUACGUGAGUUUCUGUGUGCUUGCGUGUGAAAGUAGUAAAAUAACUGACGUGAAAAACUCUUGUGUUGGAUAGAAAAUGAAGGAAGUGAAGAAGUUACCAAGGUAGAAGCGUACGAAAGGAGGCUUGGAAGAAUAAAAAUUGUACAUCACCGGAAGGGGAGGAAAGGAAAGGGGUCGGGAUAUAUUUUCAAUACCGGAUCUAGGAUGAGCUAUUUUUCGAAACCAUGAAAUCGACUCAUUGACCCUCCAUCCCCCCCUCCCAUCAACAUUCGUCUCAGAACGUUGACACAGUACACGAUGGAGCAAUGCAAUAACGAUCGUCCUUGUGUUAUCAGUAGUGGAAACUUUUUUCCCCAGAAUUCCAAGUCGAAACAGCAGCAACAGCAGCAGCAACACACACAGGCAAUCAGCAAACAUCUAACGCAAAAGGAUGACCCCCAUCUGCACAGCCCGCACCAGGAUCAGUCGUCGCUCGGCGAGAUUGAGGUGAUUCUCGUGCAGCAGCACAAACAGGACGCCCUAUCGGUGAUCAUCCAUCCUCAGGAGAGCAUGCAGCAGAUCAACAUGUGCCUGGGCAGCCAGAACCCGGGCUCGGUCGACUCGAUGAUGUCGUCCGACUUUCAGACGCUCUCGCCGAUGCACGACCGGGACUCGCCGGUCAGCCUCAACACGAACACCUCCUAUGCGACGCUGACGCCCCUGCAGCCGCUGCCACCGAUCUCUACAAUGUCGGACAAGUUCGCGUACUCGAUCGGUGGCAACAUCUGCGAGGCCUUCCCGGGCAUCAACAGCGGUGCGGUCGGGGUAAACAUCGAGAUCAACUCGUGCUACAACCUGGAGAAGCUGGGCGUUAUCCAUUCGCCGGUGCACCUGAGCGCGGUACAGGAACUCUCGCCGGACGGGGGCGAUGUCCAUUCGCAUCAUCAUCACCAUCAGCACCACCACCAUCAUCACCAUCAUCAUCCGGACGUGCUGCAGGAGAAGGCGACGUGCGGGCUGAAGGAUGGGCUCAAGGAUCAUCUGUCCGCCAGCGAAAAGGACACACUCGCGGACGAUGGUGGGAAGGGUGGCGGGGGCGGAGGCGGCGGUGGUGGCGGCGGUAAUGUUGGUAGUGGGGGAGAUCCGUGCAUUUUGGUUCGUGCCUCACCGCUACCGCCCAGCCUCGGAACGGUCGACGAUCGGUUCCUUGGGUCGGGGAAGGGUGCGGAACUGGUCGUGCGGCACCAGAAGGACGAUGGGGAACAGUUUAGCGGCACAGUGCAAUACCUGGAACACCCGAACGGGUCGGAUGUGCUACACGGCACCAACGGUUCCGGUCCCGGCGGAGGUGAUAGUAGUGGCGGUGGAGGAGGCGGAGGAGGCGGUAGUGGAGGUGGUAGUGGUGCCGGGAACGGUAUGGGAGGCAUCCUGACAGGCAAGGAACACCACCAGUCGGUGUUUCUUAACAAGUCUUUCAGUUCAAAAACCAACAUAAGCGACCUUAACCUGUGUAAAGAGAUUGUUAUCGACGACGUGUACGAGGAGUCGGAGCUGGACCACGUGAAGCUGGAGGAGAAAAAGCUGGAGGAAUCGUGCAAUCAACAACUGACCAAUGGGGGCGGUAACGGGCAGGGACUAGGCGGGAAGAGCGGGUCUUGCGUGUCGCUCGGGGACGUCGGCUGCAUAAACGGUGACAUCGAGGAGAUCAACACGAAGGAGCUGGCGCACCGGAUCAGCUCCGAGCUGAAGCGCUACAGCAUUCCGCAGGCGAUCUUCGCUCAACGGGUGCUGUGCCGAUCACAAGGCACACUGUCCGAUCUGCUCCGGAACCCGAAACCGUGGUCGAAGCUGAAGUCGGGCCGCGAAACGUUCCGCCGGAUGUACAAAUGGAUACAGGAACCGGAAUAUCAGCGAAUGUCCGCACUCAGGCUCGCAGCAACUCAAUCGGCGAAACCAGUUAACUCUAAGAAGCCAGAGGAACCCGAAAACCACGUCAUGAUGGGACACACGAAAAAACCUCGACUAGUCUUUACAGAUCUGCAGAGAAGGACCCUUCAGGCAAUUUUCAAAGAAACUAAGCGGCCUUCAAAGGAGAUGCAAGUUACUAUCGCUCGUCAGCUGGGACUGGAGCCCACAACGGUCGGGAACUUUUUCAUGAACGCACGGCGACGCUCGAUGGAUAAAUGGAAAGAUGAGUCGAUGAAGGGUCGAAGCAGCAGUAGUGACAAUGUUAUACUAGAGCACCUGAAGGACGAUUCGUCCGACGAGAACCUGGGCUACGAUAGUGCGUUCGUUUCCGGCGACGGUCCGCUGGAGCACAACUAUCAGCAACACGUUCUCAACUAAAGCAAAGAAAAAAAAACAACUUAAAUCAAUUCCCUUAUUUAAUUUAUAAAUUAACUAGAGAAAAAAAACCAACAAACAAAACUAAAGCAAAGACAAAACAAAACAAAAGUCACGACAAAGAUUUAGUAGAACAAAGCAAACAAGUAACAAAAACAAAAUGGCCCCCUCCCCCUCCCAAAACGCCAAGCAAAUUGGAUGCUGGCGAAACCACUAAUCUAAUGGAAAAGAGUUGAAACAAGUUAGAGAGAAAUCAAUGCUAGAUAAAGCAAAUCAAAGAAAUGAAUGAUUAAAAACAACAAAACAAGCAGCUAACUCAAGUGAAACACACACACAAACAUAGAAUAACACAGAUGUGAGACGAAAAAGCGAAGAACAAACCAAACACAUACACAAAACAUAAGGCAGCACUCAACACGCAUACCAAAAAAAAGUACACUUUAUGCCAGAAGUAAUUGCAAAGAACAUUAUGUAGGAUUAUUCAGAGUAAUUGGACAAGUAAAAGAAAACUAUAUGUAUGGUGCAAAUUGGCGAACUAAUCAGUAAAGUGUAGGAGCAAACACACUGCAAUUGCCAUUUAAAAUCUGAGUCUGAGCAAGAAAAAACGACCAUAAAAACCAGUCAAAAGCAAAGAAACGGAGAAAAGAGAAGAAGGUUAUUACUGCAACAAAACGAAGACAUAACAAAAAAAACAUCGUAGGUGUGUGCUAUCCCAAAGAGGAACGCUUGUGAGAUAAUAUCGUAUAAAUUUUUGCGGUUUUCGUUUGCUGACUUAUGAAAAUGGAAAAUAAGUACUAUUGUUUGUUUCGUUUCAAUUUAUCCGUCUAAGUAAAGCAAGAAAGUAAUAUGGCGGAACGGUAGUUGAAAAUCGUAUAUGAGCACUUUACGUCAAAACAGUACAUUCCUCUAGCUUUACACACAUACGAAAAGAAAAAAAAAACAAACACACAUACACAAAAACACUAUAUUACGUUACGUGAUAGAUUGGCUUAUUUAAAAAAGAAAGAAAAUACACAUAUACUGAACACUGAUACAAGCAAAAAAAAGAAACUAAUAAUUAAAUGCCUCCUGUAGUCUGGCUCACUCUCGAGAAGAUGCUACCGAAUCGUGGCGGAUUCUAGCGAAACAAGACAUCAACAAAAAAAAACACACACAC